CACCGAGGACGUUCUUCUGCAGCACCAUGGAGAUGGCGCCGCGUCCCCCAGUGGCGGUCUGUGUUCUUUGGCUGCUGAUGUGCACCGUUGACCUGACCUCUGGGCUGACCUCUGAUGUCAACGGUACGUCAAAACAGGCUUCACUUGUACGCGACUGCAGUGACCUGCCUCAAGGAACAGCCAGUGGUGUCUACAUGAUAAUGGUAGAUCUUCUGACUCCGACCCCGGCGUAUUGUGACAUGGACGAUGGCGAGGGAUGGAUCGUCUUCCAGAGAAGAGCCGACAUCACACCCAGGCAGGACUUCUUCCAGGACUGGGAGGCCUACAAGUGGGGCCUGGGAAGUUUAGAAGGAGAGUUCUGGUGGGGACUUCACUAUCUCUGGCAGCUGACCUCCCAGCUAGACCGCGUUUACGAGCUAAGGGUGGAUCUCUCGGAUUUUGAAGAGCAGACGGCGUACGCCACCUACCAGAAGUUCGCCAUCGAAUCCGAGGAUGAGGGAUACAGAAUUGACUUUGGCGACUACUUCGGGACCGCCGGAGACAGUCUUACCUACCACAAGGGAAUGAAGUUCUCCACUAUUGACAGGGACAACGACAUUUGGCCGGGCAACUGUUCAUCUAACAACCAAGGGGCCUGGUGGUACAAAUCCUGCUGCAUUUCCAACCUCAACGGACUGUACAAACCCGGAGUAUCAGACUACGUAACCGUCUUUUGGCAUGAAUGGCGACACAACGACAGCCUGAACGCCACCACAAUGAAGAUCAGACCCACAAAUACACUCUAAACACGCGGAGCCGUAGGCAGCAGAUGUAAGCUUUUCAUAUUUAUUUCUCUCAUAUACGCAUAUAUGAUAUUUACACUUACAUCAUUCGUGCAUCACAUAUGUCACUCAUGUACAGUGUAAGCGCUUAAAUACAAGUUCACGGUGGAAGCUCUACGGGACCCUGUCCCGCCCCGCAUCUCCCCGCCAAUGGACCACAUACCCGUCCUCGCCGGGGCAAUGCCCCAGGCCACUGCACUGGCCGGGCCCGCGACCCGUCACCCUGACAGGGUGGCAAUCCGCGCGCCCGGCCGGCCGGCCGACACUUUAUAUAGAGCCGGCCUCUGGUUAGCCGGGUAAAACAGAUGCAAACUUUCAUUAACCUGCACCCUUUCUAGUGUAUUUUCGAUUUGGAAAAGUCAUGUUUGGUUUUGGGAAGCUGUUUUUUUAUUAACUGCUGAAUAUGGAUUUUGGUUUUGUGUUGUUCUUGAAAAAUGUAUUGCUUCAUCGAAAUCGGUUUAUUCAAU